GCCGAGGGAGUCUAGGGUUGCGGCCGGAAGCGGGCUGAGCUCCUUCUCGGUGAGCACCGCCUGCACUUCCGGGGCCUGGAGCUUCGCUCUAAGUUCUUCCCUGUAGGCGGCGCGGGAGGGGAGAAAAAAAGUUUGCGGGGCCGUGCCGGGAGGCUCACCGCCUCUUCCCAAUGUGAGCAGUUUCCCCGGACACUCUUCAGGAGAAGGUUACCCGGAGAGGUGGCGGACGGGAACAUGAGGCAGCGUCUCCUCUUCCUGACCGCUUUGGUGUCUUUCGUCCUGGCGCCCCGACCUCCGGAGGAACCGGGCUCUGGCUCCCACCCGAGACUCGAGAAGCUUGACUCUUUGCUCUCAGACUACGACAUCCUCUCUUUGUCUAAUAUUCAGCAGCACUCCGUGAGGAAAAGGGACCUACAAUCUGCGACACACUUAGAAACACUGCUAACUUUUUCAGCUUUGAAAAGGCAUUUUAAAUUAUACCUGACAUCAAGUACUGAACGCUUUUCGCAGAACUUCAGAGUCGUCGUGGUGGAUGGGAACAAGGAAAGCGAGUACAGUGUGAAAUGGCAGGACUUCUUCAGCGGGCACGUGGUCGGUGAGCCUGACUCUAGGGUUCUAGCCCACAUAGGCGAUGGUGAUGUUACAGUGAGAAUCAACAUGGAUGGGGCAGAGUAUAACGUGGAGCCGCUUUGGAGGUUUGUUAAUGAUACUAAAGAUAAAAGAAUGUUAGUGUAUAAGUCUGAAGAUAUCAAGGAUGUUUCACGUCUGCAAUCUCCAAAAGUGUGUGGCUAUUUAAAGGCGGAUAGUGAAGAGUUGCUUCCAAAAGGGCUCAUAGACAGAGAGCCAUCUGAAGAGUUUGUUCGGCGAGUGAAGAGACGAGCUGAGCCUGACCCCUUGAAGAACACUUGUAAGUUACUGGUGGUAGCAGAUCAUCGAUUCUAUAAGUACAUGGGCCGAGGAGAGGAGAGCACCACCACCAACUACUUAAUAGAGCUAAUUGACCGAGUUGAUGACAUAUACCGGAACACUUCGUGGGAUAAUGCGGGGUUUAAAGGUUAUGGAAUACAGAUAGAACAGAUUCGAAUUCUUAAGUCUCCACAAGAGGUAAAACCUGGUGAAAGGCACUUCAAUAUGGCAAAAAGUUACCCAAACGAAGAAAAAGAUGCUUGGGAUGUGAAGAUGUUGCUGGAGCAAUUUAGCUUUGAUAUAGCCGAAGAAGCAUCCAAAGUCUGCCUGGCUCAUCUUUUCACGUACCAGGACUUUGACAUGGGAACUCUUGGAUUAGCUUACGUGGGUUCUCCCAGAGCCAACAGUCACGGAGGGGUUUGCCCAAAAGCUUACUACAGCCCCGGUGGGAAGAAAAACAUCUAUUUGAAUAGUGGUCUGACUAGUACAAAAAAUUAUGGUAAAACCAUCCUUACAAAGGAAGCUGACCUGGUUACAACUCAUGAAUUGGGACACAAUUUUGGGGCAGAACAUGAUCCUGAUGGGCUAGCAGAAUGUGCUCCAAAUGAGGACCAGGGAGGAAAGUACGUUAUGUACCCCAUAGCUGUGAGUGGUGACCAUGAGAACAAUAAGAUGUUUUCAAACUGCAGCAAACAGUCCAUCUACAAGACCAUAGAGAGCAAGGCUCAGGAGUGCUUCCAGGAACGCAGUAACAAGGUGUGUGGUAACUCCAGGGUGGACGAAGGAGAGGAGUGUGACCCGGGCAUCAUGUACCUCAACAACGACACCUGCUGCAACAGUGACUGCACGCUGAAGCCCGGUGUGCGGUGCAGUGAUAGGAACAGCCCUUGCUGUAAAAAUUGUCAGUUUGAGACGGCCCAGAAGAAGUGCCAGGAGGCCAUUAAUGCCACUUGCAAAGGCGUGUCCUACUGCACAGGGAAUAGCAGUGAGUGCCCCCCACCAGGAGAUGCAGAAGAUGACACUGUGUGCUUGGACCUUGGCAAGUGCAAGGCUGGAAAAUGCAUUCCCUUCUGCAAGAGAGAGCAGGAGCUGGAGUCCUGUGCGUGCGCCGACACCGACAACUCAUGCAAGGUAUGCUGCAGGAACCUCUCCGGCCCGUGUGUGCCCUACGUGGAUGCAGAGCAGAAGAACUUGUUUUUGAGGAAAGGGAAGCCCUGUACAGUCGGGUUUUGUGACAUGAAUGGCAAAUGUGAAAAGCGAGUACAGGAUGUCAUUGAGCGUUUCUGGGAUUUCAUUGACCAGUUGAGCAUCAACACUUUUGGGAAGUUUUUGGCAGACAACAUCGUAGGGUCCGUCCUGGUUUUCUCCUUGAUAUUCUGGAUCCCUUUCAGCAUUCUUGUCCACUGUGUGGACAAGAAACUGGACAAGCAGUAUGAGUCCCUGUCUCUGUUUCACCACAGUAACAUUGAGAUGCUGAGCAGCAUGGAUUCGGCAUCUGUUCGCAUUAUCAAGCCUUUUCCUGCACCGCAGACCCCAGGUCGUCUGCAGCCCCUGCAGCCAGCCUCCAUGAUGCCGCCAGUGUCUGCGGCUCCAAAGCUGGACCACCAGAGGAUGGACACCAUCCAGGAAGACCCCAGCACAGACUCCCACGUGGACGACGAUGGCUUUGAAAAGGACCCCUUCCCCAACAGCAGUGCGGCUGCCAAGUCCUUCGAGGACCUCACUGACCACCCGGUCACCAGGAGUGAGAAAGCAGCCUCCUUCAAGCUGCAGCGCCAGAGCCGAGUGGACAGCAAGGAGACCGAGUGCUAACGGGACCUCAUCCUGCUCUAGGACGCGCACAUGCAGACGUUCUGUAGAGCCGGCCCCGGAACACGCAGGCACGUAGCGGAUGCUGUCAGGGGACAUGGCAUCCUCCGUGGGUGUAGGCCCCUGGAAGGGGUGAGGUAAAUCUGGCUUAUUUCAGGUUUUGGGUUUUUCUUUCAUAAUCUAAAAUCUACUUUGACCUGUGGCGCAGAAGCAGAAAAUAAGGCUUGAUCAAGUUCUUGGUGAAGUGCUGAGGACGUCUGCAGUCUGUCUGUCUGUCUGUCUGUGCACUGUAAGGGUCCUCGGACCACAGUGAAGCAGUUAGUAGUGAGGAUAACUGGAACAGACUUAUUUAUUUCUUUUCCCUUCAAGUAAAAGCAGAGGAACCUGUUGUAUGUACAUUGUCUCCAGAUGUCGCCUGUCUGGGCACUGGAACUUUUUGCAGAUGCAAAGUCCUGUCUGUACUUAGGGCCGUACUGACUAAGAAUGGUCCUGUCCAGGAUGAAGACUCUAGCUUCGGACGAGGCCUGCAGUAACAGCCACGUGAACCAGAGAUGGCCGAGGCACUGUUAGGCCCUAUUCACUGGGCAGUUUCUCUGGCUGGAGAGUUGGCCCAGCAGUUACGAGCGCCUGGUUCCACUCCCAGCACCCACAUGAUGGCUCUUAAUGCUCUAACUGCAGUUCCAGGGGAUCUGAUGCCCUCUUCUGACCUCUGCAGCACCAGGCACGAGUGUGGUGCAGACAUGCAGGCAAAAUGCUCACAUAAAAUAAAAAAUCAGAAAUUUCGAUAUCCACAAAACCUGUACUACUUCCCAACACAACCAGAAAGAACUUGACUGCUGCUUGUGAGUUUGAGUAAGCAAGCUGCACUCUUACCAGAACCGGUUCUCAGCAGGCCAGGUGUGCUGCCACUCCCCGCCUGGGGCCCUGCCCCGGAAGAACUGACCUCCAGAUCCACCAAGGAGAUACUCACAUGACCUCUGGCUUUAGUACUUCGGGAUCCUGGAUGCUCUGUACUUACUGUGUGAAGGAUAAAUACCAUUAGCCUCAAUUCUGAUUUCUAUAAAGUCUAGUUAUAAAGAGCAUUUCUUCUAAGAACUGGAAUGUGCUCACCAGCCACCACAUAUUAACCCAGAUAACUUGUAAACUCUGAGGACGCUAACCAAAUCUGUGCC